CCCUGGAUCAGGUAAACAAUUUAAAAAUCUGCAGUCAUGGAGCGUUGUGGGGCGAUCCUGCGACUUCUCAUUUCGAUUUAUCUGGUUAAUUAUGUGAACGGACAGCUAAUAUCGGGGAAUGUUUUACAAAUUCUGCAGCGGACAACUGGGUUUUCUAAGUUUGCUCAGUUGGUGGUCCGGGCCCAGUUAACCCGCCUCUAUGAAUCUCCGACCUCACUCACGUUGUUUGCGUUUAAUGACACCGCCUACAACAAUUUGCCGUACAAAGAACGCAAUGUCAUCGAUAGCUACUCCGAGCAAGACCUCAAGGACUACAUCAAGUUCUGUACCAUCCCUGGAAAUCGUCUACAAACCAGUGCGAUCCUGGACAACCAAUACGUGCGAAGCAGCGAUGCGAACGGUGACCGCCUCUUUUUCAAUCGCAUCCAACGGCUGGACACGACCUCCUCUGGAUCUUUUGGGCCGGUCAAGUUCUACGUCAAUGGAGUAGAGAUUUCGGAGGGAACUAAUCGGGACAUUUCCGCCACUAACGGGGUCGUGCACGGGUUGAAUGGAGUGAUGCGGAAGACGAGUCAGAGCACGGCGUACGGAUGGAUCCAGGAGCCAGAAGACUCCAUACAGAGAUUCACACAAUUCACCGAUCUCAUGAGCUACUUACACACAUUUGAGAACAUCAAUGAUUUGUCCUCCCCCGACAAAAUCACCACCUUCUUUGUUCCCAAUGACAACGCCAUGCAGAAAAUUCCGAUGACUCAACUUAAUCGACUGAGGAAUGACCCGAUGGAGCUCCAAAGGAUUCUGCAGGCCCACUACAUCCCAAACCGAGCCGUGUUCACAAACUGUAUCUCCCACAACGAGGGCGCCACCAACGCUAAAGGACUCCCCAUCACCUUCAGGAAACCGUCGGGGUACAAUGUGUAUGUGAACAGUGAUGGAGUGAGUGCGGCCAUUAUUGAGGGAAACAUCACCGUGUCGAACGGUGUCGUCCACAUUGUGGAUCAACUCCUUGGAUUCGUCUACAACAACAUCCGCGAACAGAUCCAACAGGAAUCCACGAAAUUUGAGCAGAUGAUCAACCUGGGGACGGAGACCGUGAAGAACUCCCUGGUCCAGCCGUCGGGUGUGACCGUGUUCGUGCCGCUGGAUUCAGCCUUCCAGAAAGUGGCCAACAUCCGCUGGGCCAACCUCAACUCCAACCAGACCCUGGUGGAUAUGGUUCUUCGUCUCCACAUUCUUCAGCCUAAUAACAUGAUCACGAUCUCGUCACUGCCGGGGCUGAGCGGAUACGAGAGUCGGAUGUACCGACAGACUCUGUACAGUAACGAACGACUGACCAUCUACAACGAACGCAACGAGACCUGGGUGCAGGGUGGCAAUGUGAAGGCGGUAGUGAUUCGUCCGGACAUCAAGACGGUGAACGGAAUGGUCCACAUCAUCGACUCACUGCUGGGAAUUCCCUACCUGGACCUCCCCAUGCUGAUAUGUAGUGACGUCUGGCUACUGAGGACCUACGACUACAUGAGACGAGUGGGCCUCAAGAACUACCUGACUGACCGGCGAUUCACCGCCGAGAAGUGCAGCUUUGAGAUCUAUGGGUACCCACAGAACUACGGCUCCGCGGUCACUCAGAACACGGGGUCCCAGUCCAGCCAGUGCUCCAACUGUUACAUGCCCCAGUACCAGAACUCCUACCCCUGUAACAGCGCACUGUGUGCCAACACUAACACUGGGGGAGGUACCACCUGUCCCGGCUACUGCCAGCAACAACAGUACGCAAAUACGCAGCAGUGUAUGCAGUGUAAUACCAAUACCAAUACCAAUUGUCCGGAUUACUGUAAGCAACAACAGUACGCCAACCAGCAGGUGUGUAUGCAGUGUAACGGCGGGGGGACCAGUCAGUGCCCCUCGACCUACAUCAGCUACUGCAGCAACCCCGCCAACGCCAACGUCAGUCCCUGUAACGCCUACCCUUGUAACAUGCUGAACGGGAUGAACACGGGGUCUCAGAGUACUUCUACCUACGACCUCGGGUUCUGUGGUACGACCACUGUGACCUGUGAUUUCACGGUGUUCGUACCUAACUCCAGCGCCAUCGACUACUUCUCUGUAACCAACAAUGGCUACCGCGUGAUGAGGGACACGCCAAGGUUCCAGUGGCUGUUCAAGCGGCUCAUCCUUCCCGGCCGCCUCUACAUUGAGAAGAUCGGGAACGGUAACCACCAGAUGAAGAUGAUGAACGGAGAACUCGUCACCCUGACCAAGAACAACGACCGAGACGUGAGGAUUUACUUCGGUGGAGCAUCAUCUAACGUUAUUCACAUGGAUGAAGGGGCCACAAACGGGGUAAUCCACAUCCGC